CAGGAUGAUAUAGGCAGACUGAUGCACAGAGAGCGAGGGAGAGAGAGAGAGAGAAGGACACAGGAGGAAUACCAGGGUCAGCCACACAUCCAAAACGAUCUCCUACGACAUCUAUCCAGGCGUCUCAAGGUCCUUUGGCACCUUCCGAUCCUGCGGCUCGCCUUUCCCCGUGAACUCCUUUUUUGCUUCCGUGGCUCCCUCUCUCUUUGUCUCUGGGCUUUAACGGCUCCAGUAGCCCCACCACAUGAAGCUUGAGGCGAUACCUGGUGCCCCCCAAGAUGGGGAUUUGGAAUUUGUCUUGGCCACGGAGAAGGAGUUUGAAGAAGUUGUGUCCAUGUCUCACGGCAUCUACGGAGGGCUGGAUUAUCUUCCAAGUCGAUACCACAGCUGGGUCAACGAGAAGGACAGGAUGGUGGUUCUAGCCAAGAAGGGAGGAGAUGUUAUUGGCCUGCUCUCUAUGUUUGUGGUGGACGGAGGGGAGACCGCUCUUCUGGAGGGGCUCCGUGUGGCACCAUGGGAGCGAGGCAGAGGCGUUGCUGGAGUUCUCCAAAGGUUCUGUUGCCAACUGGUGAAACACCGAUACCCAAGUGUGGGAGUAAUGAGGUUGACAAGAGAUGACAAGUUGACCGCCAAGGAGCUCAACAAAUAUAGAGUCCUCGCAAAGCAGGGCAUACUGCUUGUCCGUUUUAAUGCACCUGACCUUUCCUCUCGUUUAUCUUCCAUCUCACUGCCCCCUGGGCCAUCUCGCCCACCUCCACCCAUCCUCCUGUCUCCUGAUGAAGUCCGCGGAGUCUUCCUGGAGCGGGGAGGCCUGCUGAAGGAUCUUCUGCCCAACCAAACUCUCAUCCAGGACUGGCAACCGUUCCAGGCCCUGCCUGACAACUAUGACCUGGUGCGCCGCAAGUCCAUUCGCUGGAUGGCGGAUGAUAGAGUCCGGCCACGGGUGGCUUCUCUCUGCACCCCACCGUUUCCUGUCCCAGCUGGGCCUCUCUGCUUUUACCUCAACAUUGAUGUCUUUGGUUCUGGGUUGCGAGGGGCUCAAGAGCAAUUACUUUCCCAUUUGGCUGCUCAUGUCCACUUACUGCCGGGGGAUGUAAAAUGUCAGCUCUUCCUGCCCCCUAGUAUGUGGAGGCCUAUGGCUGAGUUUUGCACCUCCACAUUGGGUUUGCAGCUGGAAAAAGGCUAUACAGAGCAAUAUCUACUAGAGUCCGAUAUAUAGAGGGACUAUGGGGCACCUCAUAUAGGGGACUAUUUACUAAGCCUUGGAUGGAGAUAAAGUG